GUGCACUGACGUCAUCUCUCGGCGUCGCAAAAAAAUACACGUGCGGCCGGAGUCUGCGAGGUGUCCGAGAGAGCGAAGAAACUGAGCCGAAACCAUGGGGAAAAAACUCAAAGUCGGGAAAACCAGGAAGGACAAAUUCUACCACCUCGCGAAAGAAACAGGUUAUCGCUCCAGAUCGUCGUUUAAACUCAUUCAGCUCAACCGGAAGUUCCAGUUUCUUCAGAAAGCUCGCGCUCUGGUGGAUCUGUGCGCGGCUCCCGGAGGAUGGUUGCAGGUGGCGUCGAAGUUCAUGCCGGUGUCCAGCCUGAUCAUCGGUGUGGAUCUGGUGCCGAUCAAACCCAUCCCGAACGUGGUCACGCUGCAGGAGGACAUCACCACGGAGAAGUGCAGACAGGCCCUCAGGAAGGAGCUGCAGACCUGGAAGGUGGACGUGGUGCUGAACGACGGCGCGCUGAACGUGGGAGCCAACUGGCAGCACGACGCGUUCUCGCAGGCUAACCUGACUCUGAUGGCGCUCAAGCUGGCCUGCGAGUUCCUGACCAGAGGAGGCACCUUCAUCACCAAAGUCUUCCGCUCCAAAGACUACCAGCCCCUGAUGUGGAUCUUCCAGCAGUUCUUCAAGAAGGUGCAGGCCACCAAACCCCAGGCCUCCAGGAACGAGUCGGCCGAGAUCUUCGUCGUCUGCCAGGGGUUUUUGGCUCCGGAUAAAAUCGACAACAAGUUCUUCGACCCCAAACACGCUUUCAAAGAGGUCGACAUACAAGUGAAAACUGUCAAAGAGCUGGUCAGCACUAAAAAGCCCAAGGCUGAAGGCUACAGCGAUGGCGAUCUCACUCUGUAUCACACCUUCUCAGUGACCGAAUUCUUAAAAGCAGAAAACCCGGUCGAUUUCUUGAGCAAAGCCAAUAAAAUAACCUUCGAUAACCCCGAGCUGGAGUCUCACCCCAUCACUUCACCAGAGAUCAGAGAGUGCUGCACCGAUAUUAAAGUCCUGGGCCGAAAGGAACUGCGUCUGCUGUUGUCGUGGAGAUCCAAGCUGAGGAAGUUCCUGGCUAGAAAGCUGCGACAGGAAGCCAAACAGCUGCAGCAGGAAAUGAGCUCGGACGACAGCGAUAGCGAUGGCGAUGUCGACGAGAAGGAGAGCAAGAGAAAGGGAGGCGAGCCGAAGGAUGAGGAGGACGGUGAGGAAGAGGAGCUGGAGAAGAAGCUAGCGCUGAUGAAGGCUGAAGAGUUCGCCGAACUCAAACGGAAGAAGAAGAAGCUGCUGAAGGAGAAGCGAAAGCAGAGAGAGCGAGUGGAGCUGAAGAUGGAUCUCCCCGGCGUCUCUAUCGCUGAAACCAGCGACUCCUCCGUGUUCUCUCUCAACGCCAUCAAGAAGGCCAAGGGACUGAGUGAAAUCACGCAGGGAGACAUGAAGGAUGCCGAUGCUUUAGUGGAGGAGGAGGAAGAGGACGACCUGCACAUCUCUGACGAAGACGAGGAUGAAGACGAGCGCAUGUCUCUGGCCUCUGAACUCGACUCGGACGAUCUCGAGGAGAUCCAGAAGAAAGAGAAAGAAAUCGAGGAAAAGAUGCCUAAGAAGAAAAAAGUUUCGUUCGCAGGCGAACCGCAGGACGAAGAAGCAGCGAAAGGGAAUGAGUUAAUCGUUGAACUGGAAGGAAAAGACGAGAAGCGAGAUCGCGAGACCGACAUGUGGUUCAGCAAGGACAUCUUUGCCGAGCUGGAUUUGGAUGGCGACGCCGAUGCCUUGAGCGAACUGAAACAAACCCAGCUUCUGCAGACCAAAAAAGGCCAAAAGAGAAAAGCAGAGGAAGCGGAGGCGGAGCCUGUCGUGAAGGAACAGGAAGUGGCCGCACCCUCGCAGGAAGUAAAUGCAGACGACGACGACUCCGAUGACGAUGACACCAGCGAUGAUGAGAUAGAUAUUGCUCAAAUGAAACAAGCUUCGCCGGCCAUUGACGCGAUGGAUGAUGACAGCUUUCAAGUCGUUCCAGUUGAAAAAAUAAACAAACGUGCACGAAUUCUCAAUGCGGAGGGUUUGGCUCUCGGCGCUCAGAUCGCUACGUCCAAAAAGCGAGCGCGAGACCUAGUCGACGGCUCCUUCCAUAGGUUUGCGAAUUCUGAGGAUAUGACCGAAGUUCCCGCCUGGUUCGUUGACGACGAAAAGAAGCACAGAAAGAGGCCUGUUCCCGUCACUAAGGAAAUGGUGGAAGAAUACAAGCAGAAAUGGCGGGAAAUCAACGCCCGGCCGGUCAGACGCGUCGCAGAGGCCAAAGCGCGCAAGAAGAGACGGACCUUGAAGAAGAUGGAGCAGGCCAAGAAGAAGGCCGAGGCUGUGGUGAACACGGUGGAUAUUUCCGAGCGAGAGAAGGUGGCUCAGCUCAAGAGCAUCUACAAGAAGGCGGGCGUUGGAAAGGAGAAGAGAGAGGUCACGUACGUCGUGGCUAAGAAGGGCGUAGGACGCAGGGUGCGCCGGCCCGCCGGAGUCAAGGGUGCUUUCAGAGUGGUGGACGGACGCUUGAAGAAAGACACUAGAGCCACGCAGAGGAAGGAGCAGAGGGGGAGGGGCAAAAAAGGGCGUGGUCAGAAAGGAGGACGGGGGAUGAAGGCAGGAAAAGGACGCGCGAAUAAAAAUUGAUAGACCACGGUCUUUUCCUGGUUCAGACUGAUUGAUUGAGCCGCUCGUGUCGUUUGCGACUCUGUAGCGCUAUACGUUAAACUACUCGUCCAGCCCCGCCCUUUCGUUACCUGCGACACGCCGUUUUGCUCAAACUUUGACAAAAAUAAGUGUUUCAGCAAUCGGACGAGGCUCAGACUGAGGUUUUCAGCGUUGUUCUAAUGCUGUGUUUUCAUGUCUAACGUAUACUUCGUGGUAUAUGAACGUCAGGCGUAUUCGCCUACUUCCUGACCUUUCCGAAUUAAUUAUGCCAGUUUAUAUGUGAGAAAUAUGUUUGGAGUGUGUGCCACAUUUUAAAUAAAUACAAACUGAAUGACAA